CGAUCAUAGCCAGACAGGUGAUUACACUGUAAACACAGGAUAUACACGGAAGACGAUCAUGACAGCUAAAUGCUUAGGUCAUUAGUCCACUUAUUGACUUUAACAAGCAUUUCUCAAGCAAGUUCCUCGUGUUUUCGUUUCACUAAUUUGGAUAUUACCAUAUUUGGAGUUAUGGGUUGAUGAUGUUGAUAGUCGUCCACGUGAGGACAGAAGCGUGUCAAUAUCAGUGAUAAUAGUACAACUUUACAACUAAGUGUGAAACAUGUAGUCGCGUGUUACUAUGGGCCAAUGCUUAAGUCUGGAUCAGGAAGAGUUAAAGGCACGUGCCCGUAGUGACGAUCUUGACCGGCAACUACAGAAUUGGUCUAAACAGGACCAAAAUGUCAUCAAGAUAUUACUCUUGGGUGCGGCAGAGAGCGGUAAGAGUACACUGGUGAAGCAGAUGAAGAUUAUCCAUAGCGAAGGAUUCUCUUUCGACGAGUUACUCUCUUUUAAGCCAGCUGUAUUGGAUAACUUACUGGGUUCCAUGAAGUAUGUGCUCACUGGUAUGGGACUUUUACGGAUCAACCUGGACAAUCCAAAAAACCGGUCGAACGCCCAAGCAAUACUAACAUGCACGUGCUGCUUCGACAACCAUCACAUGAUGCUUCCACACAUGACAAAUGCCCUAAGAUCCUUGUGGCAGGACCGUGGGGUCCGGAUGGCCGUGUCCCGGGGGUACGAGUACGAGCUCAACGAUUCUGCUAUCUACUACUUUGAAAACAUUGAGCGAAUCUGCCACCCCGACUUCGUCCCGUCAUCAGUGGAUGUGUUGCGAGCACGAGUUCGGACAACAGGGAUCAUUGAGACGUGUUUUAAAAUCGACCACAUGCUCAUCAGAAUGUUCGACGUUGGAGGUCAAAGGUCAGAACGUAAGAAAUGGAUCCAAUGUUUUGAUGACGUCAAUGCGCUGUUAUUUGUGGCGGCUCUCAGUGCUUACGACAUGUGUCUGUACGAGGAUCCACAUGUGAAUCGACUUCAAGAAAGUUUAAAACUUUUCAAAUCUAUGUGCAAUAAUAUUUUCUUCAAAGAGACGUGUAUGAUUCUGUUCCUCAACAAGAUUGACUUGUUCAAGGACAAAAUUCGACAUUCCGGCAGACACUUACGUCAUUUCUUCUCGGAAUAUAAAGGACCGGACAAGGACGUGGACCAAGCAGCGCGCUUCAUUCAGAGAGAUUUCCAGAACCAGAACCAUAAUCCGUCCAAGGUGGUAUAUCCCCACUUCACAACUGCAACCGACACCAGUAAUAUACAGGUGGUGUUUCAGGUAGUCAUGGACUCAAUCCUCCGACAAAACCUUAACAUCAGUGCACUGUUAUAGCGGGCCCUGACAAUCAACCAUCGCCCUCAGCACAUUCUUACAACAGGAACUCCCGCUACCGACAAUCCUCACCACCACUGCACUUUUGAAGAAAACCUUGAUUCCAGACCCUGACAACACAUCAACAGCUCUCUCUCUCUUUUAGCAGGAGCUGGAAUCUAGCUUCCCUCAACCAUUUUCAUCAUCGGUUGGCUAUGAUAGCCAGCUUCUGUCAGAUCAUUUUCCAUCAGAUGCUCAUUCGUGAAGUAGAUCCUGGAAUUGAGAUUUCGUCAGAUAAUGACCAUAAUCAGUUGACAUAUUUUUUUAUGGCGAUCCUGGAUUCCAACUUCUAUAAAAUAUUCUUCGGUAGAACCUCUACAAGUACCUCUGACAAAAAUAUCAUGCACUCUGAUAACAUUUAAUAUGAUCUCGCCAGCAGUUUAUGUGAUAUUCUUUGCUGAAUGUGACAUUAGGGAGCCGGACGUGAUAACAUUCGGAACCCCUUUGUUUGGAUUGCCUGUGUUUUAUUAUUGUCGUGGUUUAUAUGUUUAUGUAACACAAAUUCAUUACGAAAACAAACUACAUCGUCAAGAAUGUGUGUGUCAUAUACAUGAUGUUCGAAUGUAUAGUGCUUUCAUUAACGCAUGUUAUUAACGAAAAUACGCAUUGUUCCAUCUGUAUAACUGUAAAUAUCGUCUUUGGUGUGGUGGAGUGCUCUCCCGUGAUUGGCGUGGCAGAGUUGUCUCCCGUGGUACUGUGGCAAACUGAUGAUAGGAAGAGUUGUCUUUCUUUAAUUAAGUAAGCUCGGCCUCACUGGCCCUAUCGCUAAGUUACGCAUAAUAAAGUGAGAAACAAUAAAAGGCACUGAGUGACAAUCAGUCUACAGUAUAA